GCGCAGAUGUUUCUAUUAUAAUUGUAUAUUUUUACGCGACUCAUUUAAAUAAAACAAAUACUAAAUUAAUGUCACUACUUAUGCUUUAAUCGCUUUAUACCUAAACCCUCAUUUCCUUCGUUAUCCGUCUGAAAUUGCGAACUUACAUGUGUGACAACGAAGCCACACUGCUGAACUCAACCAUUUAGAGGCAGUGGCAUACCAGCACACAAUAAUCGCGUAAGCGCAAGUGGAUACACACAAAAAAAAAAAAAAAGAAGAAGGUGUUUUGCUGUCGACCAAGCUCCUGGCGACAUCAACAUCAUGUUUAUAAACCCAACUACUAUCAAAGUAUCGUGGAAAAUAUCACCAAGAGGUAUUGAAAAAUAUGACGUCAUGUACAAACCGACUAACGCCAGUUACAGGGUAGUGGCGGAAAUAGCGGUCAACUCCGAUUCCGUGACACUCGGUAACUUGAUGCCUAACACACAAUACCAAGUGACCGUAACAGCGUUCAAAGCCGGUCGCAGAUUCCGAAGCAGACCAGUUAUAUUCAAGACGCUCGAUAAAGGUGUGUCGUGGCCAGAUACCCAACAUUCCCAAAUGAAUACUAGUGGUGACAUAGAUAUUUCACCGCCAGAUGUUGUAGGUGGUGCUGGACAUUCGAUGCCUUCAGAAGGAAGUACUUCCUCUCCGGAUGUACAGGUACGGGGUAUUGAAAUCACAAUUGUAGUGCUGGUCCUAAUGGUGUGGGUUGGCGCUAUAAUAAUGUUUUUCAACCGAUGGGGUAAAAUAAGAAUGCUUAUACCAUAUCAGCCGGACUACAAGGACACGCAGCUUAAAGUACCCGGAACUGGGGCGUGUAAUACGACUGUAACAUGCCAAAACCCAACCGGUCCGGGUUUUUGUUGUUCACAGAGGCACUUGAUGCGCUGCGGCCUAGCCGACCCGCUGGACUGGCGCGUCCGGAACCUGUUGCGUUCCCGGUCCCGGGUGAACUCGGCCAUCUACAUCAGUCCCAUUUACCAGGACGCGCACGUCCGGCACGGCAUAUCGGUGCGGCCGAUACGGAAGGCCCGGAGUGCGGACUACUUGCCCAAGUACGACGACUACAGCAGCUGGGCCAACUGCCAGCAGUUCUCCCUGCCGCUGUCGCGCGGCGGCGGCGUGUGCACCGGUGUCUGCGUCGCGGGCGUCUGCACCGACGUCUGCACCGGCGUCGGCGUCGUCAGUGGUGGCGUCGUCAGUGGCGGCGGCGGCGAUAGUGUCGUCAUCGGUGGCGGCAGCGGCGACGGCAACGUCAAUGGUGUCCAGCAGCAGCACAUCAAACGGUUCCAGUUGCCCACCGUUUCCAUAUCGAUCGCGUCCGACUCGGACAAGGCGCUCAACGAACUGCUCAUCUAAGUACGGUACCGGCUUAACCGACUUCCCGGUCGCACUUCAAGUCGCUGAAUGACGUCAUACUCUCGGUUCACUUCAUUAUCCUGUGUCGUUUUUUUUUUUUAACCUUCUUCAACACAUUCCCCCCCCCCCCCCGAAUCAUGUUUUUCAAACAUGUAAUUCGUUCAUGAUUUCAGACUAUCUCCAUACGUGAUCUUCUAUAAGAGACUUUUACUUUUUAACUUUUUUUCACCAUUUUUUUAAUUCAAUAUUCUUACGCGAAUUAUUUUUCUGAAAAACCGUUUUAUAAAAAUAUCUAAAAUCGAAAUAAAACAGCUAACCAAAUGUUACACCAAUUCAAGCUUAAAACGCUUACCUGUAAUCAGGUGCGUAUACAAAAAAUAUUUUGGGGCUUUUUUGUUCAUUUUCAUACUUAUAUAAUCCAUAAACCACUUUUAUUCUAUAAAAAUAUGUUUAAUAAUUUUCCUGGAUUUCGGAAGGGGUUUGAAACCCCUAAAACUCCUAACUGUGCACUCGCCUGCAUGUAAGAAUUAUAACUUAUAUGUUAUAUCUAGAACGCGGAUUUUUAUGUAAUUUAAAAGUAAAAUAUGUAAAUAUUUA